GGUUUUUGGCUGCAAGACCGCGGUUGAGAACACAGAGCUCAGAGAUUUUGGCAUCCAAACUCACCAACUGCCACCAAUAAAUUUGUCCUGAUCCAGCUUUCCCUGAAUUGGACAGAUGCAAUUGCUUAUUGCUGAAAACACUUUGCGGAACUGGCCAUCGUCAAAACCUCUGUAGAGCGCAACCAAGUUAUUUCAAUUUUGGCUGGAGAUGCAUUUAUUGGACUGAUCUCAGCACAGUGGUCUGAUUAUAGUUUCUCUACAUUCCGGUACUGGACUGGAGUUUCAAGACUAGAGACAAGCCUUAGUGAUAAAUGUGCUGCCAUGGUGAUUUCUGACUCUGGGAAAUGGAACAGUUUUGAUUGCACCCUCAAAAAUCCAUUCAUUUGUUAUGGAGCACCGUCACUCCGCCCUGCGCCUGGGCUCUACCAUGCUGUAAAUGUGCUCAAGACCUGGCCGGAUGCUCAGCGUUACUGUAGAGAAAGAUUUACUGAUCUGGCCACAGUGGACAGUGUAGAUGAUGUAUACAGUGUGAUGAAUCAGGUGGAUUUGACCUACUCUGGUCUUUUAUGGAUCGGACUGCAGAGACCAAUUAAUGAACUCUGGUGGUGGUCUUUAGGAGAUGAACCUCUGUGUGAUUACUUCAACUGGGCUACAGGAAACCCAAGUGGCAUUGGACAAUGUGUAUCUAACAUGAAUGCUUUUUGGAGUGAUACUGAUUGUCAGACACCAUUAUACUUUGUGUGCUACAGUGGUAAAUUAACUGAUACUUAUCAAUUCUGUUUCAAGUAAUAACAUCGACAAUAUAUAUAUAUUAUUCAGACACAUUUUCAGUUUAAUUAACUGUUAGCUUACAAAUUAUACAAACUAAAGGUUCACAUAUUCCUAACUCAGAAAGCAAACUUUUGUCAAUGAUUUCUAAGUGAAGUAUACAUUUAUAUUACAGAGGUUACAGGUUACAUAAUGAUAAAAAUAAAAAAAACCUGGCAAGAUGCUCAUAGUUACUGUAGAAGCACCUACACUGACCUGGCCAGCAUCCGCUCUCCUUGGGAACAGAACCAGGUGAACAAUGUCAUCAGCAGAUCAGAUUCUGUCUGGAUCGGCUUGUUCCUAGACAACUGGCAGUGGUCUGAUCAGUGGAGCCGUCGUUUCAGGACCUGGGAAUCGGGACCACUAAGUGUCGGAUCCGGCGACUGUGCUGCUGUGGUGGCAGGAAAUUCUGGAAAAUGGAGUAAUGACAGCUGCACCACACUGCACCCAUUUGUUUGUUAUGGAGCGUCUCCAUUACAAACUGUCUCCCGGCUCUACCAUGCUGUAAGAUACCUGAAGACCUGGCCGGAUGCUCAGCGUUACUGUAGAGCGAGGUUUACUGAUCUGGCCACAGUGGACAGUGUGAAUGAUGUGUACAGUGUGAAAAAUCAGGUGGAUCUUAGCUACACUGGUCUUUUAUGGGUUGGAAUACAGAGAUCAGUGAGUACAAACUGGUCCUGGUCUAUGGGAGAUGAGUCUCAGGCCAAUUACUUUAAUUGGGCCGCAGGAAACCCGAGUGGCAGUGGACAAUGUGUAUCUAACACAAAUGCUGUUUGGAGCAAUACUGAUUGUCAGACACUACUAUACUUUGUGUGCUUCAGUGAGAGUACGGGUUACAUCAUGGUCAUUAUUAAUAAAACUUGGCAAGAUGCUCAGAGUUACUGUAGAAGCACCUACACUGACCUGGCCCGCAUCCGCUCUCCUUGGGAACAGACCCAGGUGAACAAUGUUGUUAGAAGAUGGGUUUCUGUCUGGAUCGGCUUGUUCCUAGACAACUGGCAGUGGUCUGAUCAGUGGAGCCGUCGUUUCAGAAACUGGGCAUUGGGACCACCGAGUGAUGGAACCGGGGACUGUGCUGCUGUGGUGGCAGGAAAUUAUGGAAGAUGGAUGAGUGACAGCUGCACCACACUGCACCCUUUUGUCUGUUAUGGAGAUGUGGACAAGCUCAAAAAAAGACAGAUCAUGAAGGUGAAAUUGUCUUCCGAUGGAACGACAGAUCUGAAUGACCCUUCGGUGCAAGCUGCAAUCCUUUAUGAAAUUGAACAAAAACUGAAAGCAAAUGGAUUGAAUCAAAAUGUCAGACUGAGCUUGAGGGUCAAGGCUGAUAGGAUUGUCUUCAAUAAAGUGAAAUCUUAAUGUCAUUAUUUAAGACCUUUAUGCUGUUUUGGGAUUGGUUUCUAUCUGUACACUGCUUUUUCUGUAAUUAUUGCAUAAUCUGAUAUAUAUAGCUUUUAACUCAUAGCUCUUAGCUCAUAGCUGUACAUUGCUUCUUCUGUAAUUAUUACAUGAUCUGAUACAUAUAGCUUUGAACUCAUAGCUCUUAUUUACUACAUUUUCAUAAUUUACUCCAUUGCACCACAUAUAAUUAACAUACAUAAAACAAAUCAAAAAAUGUCACAUGCAAUUGUAUAUCAGUAGAAUGUGAUAUGUUACACUAUGAUAUGAACAUUAUUUCUAAGCCUUUAAAUUGUGAGCUAAGAUUCAUGUUACAAUUAAAAGUAUCAGUAAACUAUGAUAAAUUACUCCACAUUCCUUAUAUGUAAAAAAAUAAUAAUUGUUGUU